CAUAAUAAAAGUUAUGGACAAUCGACUGGCUUAAAAGAUAGUUUAUGUAAUUAAACCACUACAACAUGCAUCUCUCAUAUUUCUUCAUCGGCGGGGAACAGUGAAACUCUUUCUGAAAAGAAAAGCACAGAAGUUGCCGGCCUCAAUACCUUUCUAACAUCUAUGGAACCCAAAUCUUUGGUCCCCUGUUUCACUUCUUUCAUAAAUGGAAGGAAGCUACAUGCAAUGCAAGUCAAGCCGACAUCCGUCCUCGUCAAUGGAAAGCAAUGAGCUGACGCAAACAAAAAACAACGGGAGGUUCGUUUUCUUGCUUCAUCCAUCAUCAUGUCUCACUCUCUCACCCUUCCAGUUGCUGCGUCUCCGUCACUGGGUACUAAAUCGGCACAUUUUUGUAGCAGGUCUUUCAGUUGCCAAACGCUCGAUUUCUGUCGUAGCGUGGGGGAUGUGUCAUCGUAGAAAUUGUUGUUUUGCACACAUACCCCGAAGCCUCAAAAUGCAACCCCAGCCGGAUUCAAUUGCUUGAAUGCUUCUUCGUUACGUGCUUUCUCCUAGUUAUUUAUAGUUUCGGCCUCUGCUGCAUUUUGGAACAUCUUAAUUACUCUGAGGAGUAAGGGACUUGGAUUUGGUUCUUUCAGGGAAAUGGGUAGUAAGGAUGUGGACCCUAACGUUGUCAAGUCUGCGAAUUUCCGGGUGUGCAAGGUUUCGAGUUACACUACCGAAUUGCUAGAGAUUGAAGCUGAUAACCCGACAUUGCAUGUUGUCGUUGUCCCUGGGAAUCCAGGUAUAGUUUCGUUUUACAAGGACUUUGUGGAGUCGCUGUACGGUUCACUAGGAGGGACUGCUUCCAUUACAGCCAUUGGAUACAUCGGUCACACGAAAGAGAACUGGGAGAAUGGGAAGUUGUUCUCCUUGCAAGAACAAAUUGAUCAUAAGGUGGAUUUCAUUUGCCAGGAACUGCAAGAUACCAAAGUUCCCAUAGUUUUGGUUGGGCAUUCUAUUGGUUCCUACAUAACGAUGGAGAUGUUGAGGAGAAAGGGAGAAAUGGUGAUAUAUACCAUAGGGCUGUACCCCUUUAUAAUGGUGAAUCCUCUAUCAAAGAAGCAGGCUAAAGUUAGAAACAUGACGAGAUUCUCCAUCCUCUGUGGACUGAUGAGCUUGAUGGCAGCAUUUGCUGGAUUAUUUCCCAUGCGGUUUUCCCAGUACAUGCUGGUACUGUUUGUCAUUGGCAAGAGGUCAUGGUCAUGGUCUAAUUCUGCUUUUGAGACUGCUCAUGCUCAUUAUCUCAAGUACCAUAUGUUCAGGAAUAUGCUUUACAUGGCAAAGACAGAAUUAGAGCAACUUUCGCAGGAACCGGACUGGGAGUUCAUGAGAAAGAAUCACAGGAAAUUGGCAUUCAUGUUUGGUGCUCAUGACCACUGGGGGCCUUUGCAAGUAUAUGAGGAGAUUGCAAAGCAGAUCCCCAAGGUGCCCUUAGCAAUCGAAAGGGAGGGCCAUUCCCACAGCUUCUGUUGCACUGAAGCCGGCUCUAUGUGGGUUGCUAGGCAUGUAGCAACCUUGAUAAAGGCUCAAACUUCAAGCUCAGCAGCUUCUGCAGCAGAUGAUGCGACCCUUGCUCACGUUGCAAACUAGUAGGGUAUCAUACGAAAAUAACGCUUACAAUUAUGCAGGGGUGGAGCUAGAGGAUUCGACGAUCACGUGUAAAUGUAUCACGUCUAAAUGUAUCGGGUUCUUUGAAAAUUAUGUAAAAAGUACAAAUGAUAUAAUAACUAAACCGUGCACUGAAAUUUCAUUGUUGUUGCUUAUAGCUUAGUGGACUUGUUGUUAUGAGUAGGGGUGGAAAUCGGUACGGUAUUGGUAAUACCGAAAUCUCGAAUAUCGAAUUGCACCCUAAAAUCAAUUUCAAUCUCAAUCCCUAUAUAAUUUCGGUAUCCCAAUCGGUAUUAUCGAAUACAUAAUUAAUUACCUU